AUGAAUUUAGAAGAUAAUAAUUCACAAGAUUUUCUUGGAGAAAUUGUUAAAGAAUUGUGCAAUCUGUAUAAUGAAGAAACAUCUAAAGGAAAAAGUGGUGAAUUAAUUAUUAAAAUAUUGGACCAAUUUCUAGCUGAAAAAAAGCAAAAUCCAGAUAAUAUUAUUAAAUGGUGCUUGAAUGAUGAAAUAAAUUCUACGGUUCAACUUAUUCUUGCAAUGUGUUAUCAUUUAG